AGCGAAUCCUCCCCGGAGAGGAUGACUUUCUCACCUACAGUCAUCUUCGUGGUCAUCUUCUGUGUGCAGUCUCUAGCUGCCGUGCUGCAAAAUGGCUUCAUGGUCGCUGUGCUGGGCAUGGAGUGGGUACGGAGCCAGGCCCUCCCUGCAGGUGACAUGAUUGUGGCCUGGCUAGCUGCCUUCAGGGUCUGUCUGCAUGGACUUGCGAUCCUAAACAACUUCCUGAACUUCAUGUUCGGGAGCAGUAAUUACUAUUUUGGGACCCUCUGGGACUUCACCAACACCGUCACUUGCUGGCUUACCGCCUGGCUUGCCGUCUUCUACUGUGUGAAGAUCUCUUCUUUCUCCCACCCCGUCUUCUUCUGGCUGAAUUGGAGAAUUUCUCGGUCAGUGCCCAGGCUGCUGCUGGGAUCCUUGAUCCUUGGCGGCCUGUCAGCCAUCUCCACAGUCACUGGAAAUACAGUUACCUCGCAGAUGAUGGCCCGUGAAAACUGCACAUUCAAUUACAGAGUAAGGGUGUUCUUUCAGUAUUACCACCGCUGUCAUGCAAUGCUGAUGAGCGGUACUCCGUUCUUCCUGUUUCUGCUCUCCAUCAUUUUACUAAUGUUCUCACUCUACUGGCAUCUGGGGCAGAUGAGGCACCACAGACCCAGACCUCAUGAUCACAGCACGCAGGCUCACACCACGGCUCUCAAGUCCCUUGCCUUCUUCCUCAUCUUCUAUACGUCCUAUGUCCUGCUCCUGUCCAUUUCUACCACACAUGUCAUAACUAUCUACAGUUCCUGGCGCUGGGCCUGGGAAGUGAUCACCUACACAGGCAUCUCCCUGCAUUCCACCAUUCUGAUGCUCAGCAGCCCCAAGAUGAGAAGGGCCCUCAGGAUGAAGUUCUCCAGCCUCUGUGUUGCUGGCUCAUAA